CUUCCUGUAGCUGAAAACACAUUGAGCAAGGGACGUUAAAAACAACAAUGUUUAAGUGACACUUCGAGGAGGACCACACCUUUCAUUCAAGAUCACAAUGACUUCAGAAUUGUCACAGUUGAAGAUCGGGUUCAUUGGCGCGGGGAACAUGGCGUUUGGGAUAGCACAGGGCAUCCUUUUGUCAGGUGAAGUUUCCCCCACUAACGUCAUAGUGAGUGCACCAUCCAAUAACCACCUCCCCCGCUUUCAGGAAAUGGAGCUGUCAGUCACACAUUCGAAUGUGGAAGUGGUCAGUUUCUCCCGUCUGGUCUUCCUGGCAGUCAAACCACACUUCAUCCCUACAGUUUUAAAAGAAAUAGCAAGUUCUGUUACUCAUGACCAUAUCAUCGUCUCUAUGGCAGCAGGUGUUACCCUUGCAACACUGGAAGCGUUGCUGCCUGCCGGAGCGUGUGUGUUGCGUAUGAUGCCAAACCUUCCCUGUGUGCUCCAGGAAGGAGCCCUGCUUCUGGCCCGUGGAUCAGGGGCUGGACAGGAAGCUGGUUUGUUGCUUAAGAACCUGCUCUCUCCAUGUGGGUUGGUGGAGGAAGGUCCUGAGCCCUGGAUUGAUGCGCAUACAGGCCUGAGUGGCAGUGGAGUGGCUUUUGUUUAUUUAUUCGCAGAGGCCCUGGCUGAAGGUGCAGUGAAGAUGGGAAUGCCUAGCUCACUGGCUCAUCGCAUUGCUGCACAGACUAUACUGGGUGCUGGUCGGUUGUUGCGCGACGCUGGGAAGCACCCAGCAGAGCUGCGGGCGGAGGUGUGUACGCCCGGGGGGACAACGAUAUUUGGGCUGCAUGCUCUGGAGAAACGUGGGUUCAGAGCAGCGGCUAUGGAAGCUGUUGAAGCAGCCACUGAGAGAGCAAGAGAACUUGGACGCAAGUAGAGAGAAAGACAAAGGAGAAGGACAAAGACAAGUGGAGUGAAAGAGAGAGGCCUGAUGAUCUGCUGAUGGUCAUUAUUAGAAUAAAGAGCAUUAUGAUUUUGUAAUUAAAUAUAUGUUAGAGGUAACAAUUUUAUCUAAACUAUUUCAGACUGUAUUGUAAAUAUGGUGUAUUGUACAUAUGUCACACACACAUGAUUGUAAUAUUUCAGUAUCAUGGAUAUCAUGACUAAUAUUUUUAUAUAAGUCUCACCAUCUGGGAACAACACAUCAAAGCAGAGUUGGCACGUUUACACUGUCUGGAGGCUGUUCGAAAAGGCACGCAAAUCACAGAGCAAGUAAUUACACAGACACGUAGAAACAUUUUGUGUCAGCCUCACAUUUUCUCUCCUUUUUGCUUCAUUUUGUCAUGUCCAGGCAUUCAGGAGUUAUUCAUUCAUUCAUUCAUUCGUUCAUUCAGUGUCUUGGAAUAACGAAGUCUCACAUUUGCUUAAACCCUUGAAAUAAACGAAUUUGAAUACGC